AUGGGUAGCCAGAAGCGCAUAGCCAAGGAGCUGGGCGAACUCGUCCAGUCCCCUCCGGAGGGGAUCACUGUCGAAUUGGCCGAUGAGUCCAACCUGUAUGACUGGAAGGUUCACAUGGAAGGACCAGAAGGAUCUCCAUUUUAUAAUGAUCGCGUGCCUCGCUUGGAAGCAGAGCUCGGAGACGGAAGAACAUACCUCGCUUUCACUGAAACCAAACUCGCUGACCUUGAUUUCACCAUGCAGAAAGGCAAAUUCCUCAUAAAGCUCACACUCCCCACCGGAUACCCCUUCAAACCACCAAGCGUCUCCUUCGCUACGAAAAUCUACCACCCAAACGUGACCAACGAUGACAAAGGGAGCAUGUGUCUAGGCAUGCUCCGUCCAGAUGAAUGGAAGCCCAGCUCCAAGAUUGCCGCCGUUCUAGAGUUCGCGCGACAGCUGCUCGCAGAGCCGAUGCCGGACGAUGCGGUUGAGGGGAGGAUUGCAGAACAGUAUAAAAAUGAUCGGAAGCGCUACGAGGAGAUUGCCCGCGACUGGACGAGGAAACACGCCACGUGA